AUCUUGAAUCUUCAGCCUAUAUCCCAAGGGGCAAGGAAGGAUGUUUCCCUGUUGCACUUUCCUAGUGCUGUCCUGUCACUUUAAAUGGCCAGAAGUCUGGGGCUUCAAGUAUUUCCCUAGUGGAGACUGUUCCAAGAGACUGAGAGCCUAGGAGCACAAAGUGUAGCACAUUGUUUGGCCUAACUACUGUGUGUGUCAUAGAUACUGUUGCUUCCUAACUUCAGCAUUUAAAAAGCUGUAAAUUAACUUUGAAUUUAACACCAUGAGCCAAGUCACAUCACUGUAACUCAGGAGGCAAGCCCCUUUAUUCUGAGCACUUUGGACUGGGGGAGGUCUUCUCAAAUUAGCAGCCAUGGAACUUCCUGUGCGGUUUCAGACAGAACGUCAUAAAGUAACUAAAACUUCCUCUUUUGGCUUGCAUUCUCCAUCUUCUGUCAGGACAGCCAGAGGGACAGAUAUUUACUUCCUGGAUAUUCAUAUAUAGAGGAUCAGAUCAGACAGAACGGAAAAGUCUUUUCCAGCUCUCCUGCGUCUUCCCAAACAACUACAGAUCCAUUGGUUUUUCAUCAAAUGCCAUCAUCUAUCAUAGGCCACUGAAGAAAAGCCUACAAUUUCCACACUCACCAUCCUCUAGAAAUGAGCAAGCAGGAAGUGACUUACACAGAAGUGAAAUGUCACACUUCUGAGCAGCAAAGGAGACAAAGACCUGGGAACUCUGAGAGCACAGAUUCUCCUACUCCAUCUUCUCCCUGGUGGAUCAUUGCAGUGAUUCUGGGGGUCCUCUACCUGGUAUCACUAGGAGCAGUGGUGGCCUUGAUUGCCAAGUUUUUCCAGGACUCCCAUCCAUCAGAAAAUUUUAGCCAGCUGGGAAAUGCAUAUCAGCAGCAACAGACUAAAACUCCCGGUCAAAAAUCACACAAGGAAACCGGAGGAAGUAAAUUCAGCCCUUGCCCAGGGAACUGGAGGCAGCAUGGAGACUAUUGUUAUCACUUUCCUACAACAUGGAAAACUUGGCAAGAGAGUAAAGAUUAUUGCCUUUCUUUAGGCUCCAACCUUCUUAAGAUUGAAAACAAGGAAGAACUGGAUUUCAUAAAGUCAGUGACAUUUACUUACCACUGGAUUGGAUUAUCUCGUAAGACAGACAAUGAGUCCUGGGUGUGGGGGGACGACACAGCUUUCACCAGUGACUUGUUUACGGUCACCCAACAUGGUACUCUACAGCAUUGUGUACUUUUCCUCAAUAGAGGAGCCAAGUCCGAUUCUUGUGACGAGCGAAACCCCUGUAUUUGUGAGAAGAAGGCAGUUCACACAGACCCCACUGCAAUGGCAGAGGAAGGAUGAAAAACCACGCCAAUCCCUUGCUGGUGCAUCUUGAUUCCUGAAGACAAAGAUAAUGUUUGAAUUAACACCCGUCCCUUGGUCAAUAUAUCACAUUUGAUGUUUACUGCCAUUUACAGUCAUUUUCAGAAACUUUGCUGUGAUCACAGAAAUGUUGAAUAUUUGCAAAAAGAACGUAGGUAUUCAGAAUUAGCAAUAUCAGCUUCAUUGAUAAACCCCUUCCCUUUGGACUGGUGAACAGCCAAUCAGAGCACCCUCGCAACUCUCUCAUUAGCCCAAACUGUGGUAUAUUUAGCCAUGAAGCUGUGACACCAUUUUUUCCCUGUGUAUUGAAUUUCUAAGAACCCUGCCUUUCCUCAGAGAGAGCAGCCAUUUUGUUCUAAGAGUUACCCCAGCAUGUUAUGGAAGAGGCACGCAUACUGUUGUGGUGGGGGCAUCUCAGGUUCAUUAAGUGGCUUCCCCUAGCCACAUGCCUGAGAGAACACUGCUUGCUUCCCGCAAGGGGCAAGCACCAGUUUCCCUUCCUCAACAUUUAAGGAGACAAGAAUUAGUCCCACGAACAAAUGCUGUAUUCAGCUAUAAACCAACACUUGAGACAAACCCUUGAUUACAACAAAGGGGGUAAUUCAGGACCCUUCAUGGGGAGCACACAUACCUCCAUCCACAGCAAUGGUCCAGCAUACUGAAUACCCAGUGCCUAGAUACAGAGAGAGUUGUUCUGUAACUCAAUUAAGAGUAGAGGUGGGCAUGAAACUUUUUUCCUUUCUUGUGAGAAUUUUUUAGAUUAAAAAAAAAUCCUUUCCCAAAUCAGGAUGGAAUGUCAAAAUCUCUAAUAUUUUCUCUCACCAAAUAUCUGGGAAAAAAUGGAUCAGGUCAAUGGAAAUGUUUUAUUUAGCUUUUGACCAAUUUAAAUAUUUAAUUUUAUUAUGCUACAAUUAUUAACUUAAAUUGCAAAACAAAAAGUCAUUUGACAACUAUUCCAUUGGAAAAAUGUUGAAACAGGACAUUUCAAUAAUUUCCUUUUUUUUUUUUUUCACAGUUCUUUCAAAAUGGAGAAUUUGUUGAAACUGAUUCUUUCUUGUGAACAGUUUCAGGUGUGAGGACUUGACAUUUUCCAACCAAAAACGUUUCGAUGAAAAAUUCCCAACCUACUCUAAUUAAGAGUCCAAAGUGCCCUCCAGCCCCAGUCUCUUGGUUCCAAAUAAGGUGCUUUCUGCUCCGUGUGCUGUUCACUGGUGCUUGGCUGUGGUACAAGCUCAGGGAAUCAAUCCCUGCCUCUGCUGCUCUGCCUGGCACCCAUCUCCAUGUACUGGUGAGAACUCCUGGGCUGGGUCUAAGCUGUGCCUCCAGGCUGCUCCUUGGGUCAGUCCCCUAGCCCCAUGUCCAGGCUGUUUGAGCCUGCUCUCUUCUUUAGCAGCAGCAACAUGUGCACAAGCUUCUGCAUGUAUGUGCUUUCUGCACUCCUCGCCUUUUGUUAGGCAGGGCUCAGUCCCUUUACUGGAGUGAUAUUCCUCUCUUCCAAUGAGAGGUGGGAUGGCAGCUGGGAGUCAGGGCAGAGUUUUAUUCCUAUUCCUCUAGCCAACAUCUCUCUGUGGCGAGCUCUUCUCUUCACAUAUCCCCUCAUCAAUCGCAGCUCAGGGGAUGGGACUGGCCUUUUCUCACAGCUGCUGCUCUGUGGAGUGGGGGUUCCACCCUGUACUCUCUGCUGGAGAUUUCAGUUUUGUUCUUUUUUGUUUGUUCAUUCUCUAAAAUAAAACUCAUUUUAG